GCGACUGCUGUUAGCAAUGAUAAGAAUCUGAGCUAUUUUUGUAUUCAAAUAAAAGAAAUUGAUGUAUAUCACUGUGGUCCUUCAAGAUAUUGAUACCGCUUGGAGCGAUGAAACUGACGAAAAUUUAAUGCGAAUAAUUUGCAACAUUUCAGAGGAAAAGAGAGUAACAAAUAAUCGUCACGAAAUUAUCUCAGUUGUGGCUGAAAUUAAAAAAAAACCAGAACAACGUUUAAAGAGAAUGAAGCUUGCGUUCGGAAUAAAUGGAGCUUGUUUUUGGCACAAGCCCGCACUUUCAUUACAUCACUGGCUAUUUCAACUAAUCGAUUUUCUUAAUAUAGCCGAAUAUCCUAUUGAAGCGUAUGAUCCAUAUGCGUUAGUGUCGGAAAUUCAAGGACAUAUAUGGAACUUGUCGAUUGAAUAUAGGCCAAAAUACUUUUCUUACCGAGCUUUACUAGAUAUUGGAUAUUGUUCAUUUAGUAGCAAUAUUAUUUAUCCUAUGACUGGGUGUACUCUACGACUAAUUAGUGAAGAUUGUCUUCUAUCGAUUGGCCCAACUGAUAAAGCAGUCAACGAUGUUCAAGAAUUUAUUACCCACAUCAGCCAAUUGGGCCUAGUUCCAGUUUUAAAUGUUGGCUUACUAAACGUUUCUAUAAGUCUUAAUGAUCACAGUAAAACAUACCCAAGUAUUGAUCUAAGAUCAUCAAUACAUGAUAUUCAUUUAAAGACAUGCUUUGAUGGAGCAGAUAUAUUAGCACAACUUAUUGCAUACAUUGCCAAUGAUAAAGACUUAAAUACUAGUUGUGAUAAUACAAUAAAUUUAAAAACAAGUAAUACAAUAUCAGAAAGCAAUGCUGACCAUAUCUAUGAUGAAACGGUAAAGCAAAUAAACACCCUUAUGGCGGAUGCAGUAAAAGAUGUUAACACGAUUUCGGCAACGCAGAUUUUUGAAAAUCCGGAAGAAAUAGUAAAAAAAGAAUCUGAGAGCAUACAAAAUACACCACUUUUUAACAACAACACUUUGGAUAUUAAUAAUAUUUUAGACUUAGAAUCAACCGAAAUGCUUGAAUAUUAUAAUUAUGAAAUAACAGAAAACUCUUUUGUAAACGCCGAACUUGGAGCUACAUCAUUAAAUGUUAUACCGGCUUUAGAAGAAAAAGAGUUCCAUGUAAUACACGACAAGGACCUUUUUUUCAUGGAUAAUUUUGGUGUCGAACAGAUCUAUGUCUCUGAAGGUCCUCUUCAAAUAAUUGACAAUCAUUUCGGGCUGCCAAGUGAAAAAAAUGAUAUUCUUAGACCUCCUCCUCAUUUCCCAGUUCCUGAGAACAGUUACACAUUAUGUGAAAUGACAUUUACAUGGCAUAUAUUCGGAGGAAAGGAUUUUCCAGAUAUUACAAAACCAAAAGCAAAAGAUAAUAAAAGUUUCACAACGGGCAUGUCCGAAACUUAUAAGCACGGUGUAUCACAAGGUGCAAGCAAGCAUCAAACAAUAAAUAAAAAUAUGGUAUAUGAUGAAUCAAAUACAUGCCGUAACUUAGAUGUACUUGUAGAAAUACAAUUUACAAAAAUUCGUUUUUCCUUUGAUGCAUACCCCAAACACUCAAUUUAUGCUUCCCGACAAGUGCUGGUUAUUUCGGAUAUUGAAAUACGUGAUCGCUUACUUUCUUCCGAUAUCAACAAGCUUCUUUACCAUCCUAAUAAAAACAACAUACCACAAAAGAAUGAUGAAAACAUGAUUACAGUAAAAGCACUGAAUGUUCGAUCCAAUGUUAAGAAAAACAGAGAAGAAGAAUGUUCAUUGAAAGUGUCAAUUUUACCGAUUAGAUUAAAUAUUGACCAAGACACUUUGUUGUUCUUGGAAGAAUUUUUUUCAGCUUUAGUUAAAAGAUCCACAAAUGAGGGUUCAACAUCUCUAAAUAACAAAUUAAUAAAUACGAAUCAAAAUUUACCUGUGGUGGCCAUAAAUGAAAUAUCAACUGGCACGCAUGAUUUCAAAUGCAAGGAAGAAACAGGCACCAAUUUAAGUAACUCCAUAAAUGCAGUGUCUUCAAGCAACCUACAAUAUUUAGAAAAUUCUUUUGACAAUGAAACUCAGCCCAUUUACUUUAAAGAGUUUAUCUUCAGUCCUGCUUUACCAAUAUGCUUUGACUAUCAUGGCCGGAGAGUUGAACUAUCUCGUGGGCCAAUAACUGGAUUACUAAUGGGACUCGCCCAGCUACAAGGAUCUGGAAUAUGUUUACGUGAAAUUAUUAAUCGGCGAGGGAUCCUUGGUUGGAAUAAACUUUUUGAAUUUGUAAGUAAAGAAUGGCUAAAGGACAUAAAGAGAAAUCAAUUGCCAAACAUAUUAAGUGGAAUCGGACCUACAAAUGCUGUUCUACAAUUAUUUCAAGGCUUUUUCGACUUGUUUAGACUACCUUUACAGCAAUAUAAUAAGGAUGGAAGAUUCAUUCGUGGCUUUCAGCUGGGUGCACAGAGUUUUAGUGCCCGAACUGCAUUUGCUGCACUUGAGAUAACAUCAAGGAUAAUUCAGUUACUUCAGCUUACGGCAGAAACUACAUUUGACAUGUUGUCUUCUGGACCAUCAUUAAAAAGAAGAAAAAAGUCUAAGCAUGAGAGGAAACGACAUGGGCGCCCAAAAGAUUUACGAGAAGGUGUUGCAAAUGCUUAUUCAAUCGUAAAAGAGGGAAUAAAUGAAUCUGCGAAUACACUGUUGGAGGCAGCCAUUGUGGAGCACGAUCAAAAAGGUUACAGUGGAGCAGUUGGUGCAGUGGUUAGACAGUUACCUCAAUUAGUUGUGUGCCCCGCGGUACUGGCAACUCAAGCCACAACAAACAUUUUAGGAGGAGCUAAAAGUUCGCUUGUUCCGGAAGCUAAACGUGAAGCCACCGAUAAAUGGAAACAGCCAAAAAAUUAAAAAAAAAAUUAAUAAAAAUUUUUAUAUAUAAUGUAAUAAACACACUUUAAUCGCCAUCUAU